CUGCGCACGAAGGCGUUGGUUGUUCAUCUACCAAGAAAAUUCAUCGUCAUUUUGCAUGAGAAAAAAAACGUCGAAUUUUUAAUUGUAAUACAUUUUAUACGAAACGAAUAACGGUAGCCGCAUAAGAAUCAACAUAUUUGUGCCAUUUUGUAAGCAUAUUAAGUGUCGAAUUCGUACUGAGUGUUCCCAAAAUACAAAAAAAUAUAAUUAAUUAACCUCCAAUGACGACGAUUCGCAAGAAAUUGGUAAUUGUCGGCGAUGGUGCCUGCGGUAAAACUUGCCUUCUGAUCGUCUUUAGCAAAGACCAAUUCCCCGAGGUCUAUGUGCCGACCGUCUUCGAGAAUUAUGUCGCCGAUAUCGAAGUCGAUGGCAAGCAGGUGGAGUUGGCCUUAUGGGAUACAGCUGGUCAAGAGGAUUACGACAGACUGCGACCACUGAGUUAUCCCGACACUGAUGUUAUACUUAUGUGUUUCUCAGUGGAUUCACCCGAUUCACUAGAAAAUAUUCCCGAAAAAUGGACGCCAGAGGUCAAACAUUUUUGUCCCAAUGUUCCAAUCAUUUUGGUAGGCAAUAAGAAAGAUUUGCGAAAUGAUCCCAACACAAUUCGGGAUCUGGCAAAGAUGAAGCAGGAGCCGGUGAAGCCGCAGGAGGGACGCGCCAUGGCUGAGAAGAUUAAUGCCUUUGCCUAUUUGGAAUGCUCGGCCAAGUCGAAGGAGGGUGUGCGAGAGGUAUUUGAGACAGCAACUAGGGCUGCACUGCAAGUUAAAAAACGGAAGAAGACCAGAUGCCUUUUGCUCUAAAAGAGCAAAUAUCAAAAAAAAAAAAUCUAUAUACAUAACAACAACAACAAACAAACAACAACCACAACAAAACAACACACACACACACACAACUUUUACAAGAAUAACAAGAAGAAUGGAAGUAAGCACUGCAAUACCAGAGAUGAUAACAAGUGGAAUCCGGCAACUUAAAGCAACAUUCAAGCAAAACAUCAUCAUCAAGAACAACAACAACCAACAACUAUUGAUGAACACAAGAGUAAGAACAGCAACAACAACAUCAUGAAGCAGAAGAAGGAAAACCGGGCAAAUUGUCAAAUGCGGAUUUGAUUUUAUAUACAGUCUAGAGUAGUUAUUAACCGAAGUAAAACAACAAUAAUAAAUAUUGCAUUAUUAUUAUUAUUAUUUGUAACUCGUAACGGCGUCAAAUCAGUCAACACAACAACAUCAACAAGAACAAAAACAACUACAAAUAUACAUACUUACUCGUAUAUAUACAAUCUAUACGUAUAUAUACACACUUAUAUAUGUAUGCAUACUAUGUCCUAUAUCAUCGUAUCCGUUGAUUAUUUGAGAUUAAAAGCCAACUAAAAUAUCUACUACGUUUCUCAGUGUGCAUCUGUGUGCCUGCGUGCGUGCUUGUGUGUGUGUGUGUGCAUGCGUAUGUGUGUGUGUUGAUGAGUGAUGAUGGAUGCAGUUAUUCAUUUUUUUCGAAAGUCUUAAGGCAAACAAUUUAUGAUAAACGGACUAAAACAAAUACUGAAGAAAACAAACAAAAAAAUAAGAGUUCAUAAACAUACCAAUUACAAUUUUUUGACUCAUAUAUAUACAUACAUACAUAUAUAUAUAUAUAAAAAUUCAAACAGAGACCGCCAAUAAACCUAAACAAAAUGCAGCAAAUGAAUAAGAAUGAUGAAUAUUAUAAAUAUGUACUUUGCAAAACAAUACAACAAAACAUAGACACAAAUGAUGAAAAUGUUUAUAACGUAAGCCACAAGAGAGAGAUGCAUUCAAUUUUCAUGUGCAAACAACAAACAAAAAAAAGCAAGUUCGAGUUUUUAAUAUUUGUAUUUUGCAUUAAAUUAAACAA